GAGGAACAGCAGGUCCUGAAGGGUUUAAAAUAGAUGACACAUGAUACCAAGAAUAUCCCAGUGCCACUUAGCCAACCUGAGAAACUAUUCAAAGAGCAAACCAAAAUGGAGGGCAGUUCUAUACUCCAUGCUUUCACCAACAUUUAUUUUGCCAUUUUUGCUUUGUUUUGCUUCAAGCUUUUAAUUAAGAUUUCCUUGGCUUUGCUGACCCAUUUCUAUAUUGUUAAAGGCAACAGAAAAGAGGCUGCCAGGAUAGCAGAAGAGAUCUAUGGAAUAGUCCCAGGCAGCUGGGCAGACCGAUCCCCUCUUCAUGACGCUGCCUUCCAGGGACGCCUCCUCUCUUUGAAAACCUUGAUUGCACAGGGUUUCAACGUGAACCUGGUGACGACGGACCGUGUGUCAGCUCUGCACGAGGCUUGCCUGGGCGGCCACGUCGCCUGUGCAAAGGUGCUGCUGGAGAACGGGGCCCAGGUCAAUGCAGUCACCAUUGAUGGGAUCACCCCACUGUUCAAUGCCUGCUGCAGUGGCAGUGCAGCGUGUGUCAACAUGCUGCUUGAAUUUGGAGCCAAGCCACAGCUGGGAAACCACCUUGCUUCGCCCAUUCACGAAGCAGUCAAGAGAGGUCACAGGGAGUGCAUGGAGAUCCUUCUGGCUCAUGAGGUUGACAUUGACCAAGAAGACUUGCAGCAUGGGACCCCUCUCUACGUGGCUUGCACAUACCAGAGGACAGACUGUGUCAAGAAGCUUUUGCAGCUAGGAGCCAACGUUAACAUGGGGAAGCGAUUAGACACCCCCCUCCACGCAGCAGCAAGGAAAUCCAGUGUGGAGAUAGUUGUCUUGCUGACAGACUAUGGCGCUAACCCAAAGUGCAGAAAUGCUGAACUCAAAUGUGCCCUGGACCUUGCCACACCCAACAGCAAAGUGGAGCAGGCACUUCUGCUUAGGGAAGGUCCCGCCAGUCUUGCCCAACUGUGCCGGUUGUGUAUCAGAAAGCAUCUAGGUCGGUCGUGCCUGUAUACAAUCCACAAACUGCACCUGCCUGAGCCGCUUGAGAACUUUCUCCUUUAUCGAUAAGUCUGUGACUGUCUUUAUACUGGAAAAGAAAGAGGAACAAAUGGUUGUUUACUGUAAAAUUAUUAUAACAAAGGAAAAAAAUCAAAGGCAUCAUGUACUGUCUACUGCGGAUACCAAACAUGAGCUGCUACGUGAAAGUGCAAAUUGAAAACACCUUUUCACAGACAGUGAAUGAUAUCGUGGAUACAGUUCCCUCAUGGUCUGUUGCCACACCCACUUACACCAGCCUGAGAGUUGUAAAACAUGAACAGCUCUUGACAUGUGUUUGACAUCUUUGUAGAUGCACAUGCACACCUUCACCUAGUACCUUGCCCUGCCCCCUCUUCCCCUCCUCCCCCCCCCCGAAUUUUCUCUGCAUUUAGGGCUAUAUUUAUUUGUGUAGUAUCUGUGCAGCUUCUUUCCCUUGUCUAUCCAAUCUCAAUGUCAAAAUCAAGGUAAUGGCUGUUAUUCUCCCACCGGUGUGAGAAUGAAAGCUUUCAGUGCUGAACUUCAGCUGUACGUAACAUAUUGCACAUCUUUUGUCAGAUUUGACUUCACAUCCUUUCAUCUCUUUCCUAUAGUCUAGUGGAGUCCUAGCAACUACUGGCAGGCUCUGGCUGUCCAGACACUGUACCUCCAUGAGCCCAGCUGCCCCCAGCACUAACACAUCUUGUCCAUGGAAGUGCAAGUGAUGUUACCAAAGCAAGAGCACAGGUUUGGAGUAAACCCACAAAAAUGUGUGAAAGUCUUAAAAAAAACCACCCUUCAUCUCUUCUGAAAAAAAAUCCCUCCAAAGCUCCUAUCACCUCAGAUCUGGCUGUGUUCAUUUCAUGAACAAUUCAUUUCAUGAACAAUUUUUCCUAGCUUAAUUCAAGGACAGAACAGUAAAUGUUUUCAUAGGCAUAGUAGGUGAGAUUUCAAUGUCUGUCAUUUGCAAGGCUUAAAGAAAAGCAAAGGAAGAAGUGUUGCAUUUUUAGGCUUUGCAUGCUCUGACAUUCCUCAAGAUAAAUCCUUGGACUGUAGAGCAGGAGUGAAGCAGGGCCACUAAAGACGGCAUCACCCAAAUAUUCUCUUUGUUGUAUUUUCCUCACCAGGACAGGUUUGCAGGCUUGUCAGCUCCCUCACUCUCUGUUCUAGAGGCUUUCGUUACUUUCCUGGGAGAAAGGAUUUUUAGAGUGUUGUAACUUUGUCCAUUGUGGUAUUAAUUUAAAUAAAUAACAUCAGGGUUAGUAGUUUGGACACAGCAGAGCUGAAAACAUGAACCUCUUUGAGCUGAGAAAUGUGUGAUCUAGUGACUGAUGCAGUGCCGGUAUUACUCUGUAAAGGUUUGUUUAUUUUUCCUGUGGAGGUUGUUCUGAGGGGAGAAAUGUUUUUUCAGAGCUAGGUUUUGGUAAAACUUCUGCCAUGAGACAGGCAAUGAUGUUUCAUUAGUUGUAGUAGAAUGGGAAGCUGAGUUAAAAGAAGGGCCUUUCUCCACUUUGCUAACUUCACAGGUCCAAGAGACUGCUGACAAGUUUUCAGGCUGUGAGAUGUAGAGGUUUCAUUAUGAGUUAGGCAUGCUGGUACUAAGUUUCACCGCCCAUACAAUCUUAAGUCAGGGGGCACUGACCUGCUGGACCCUGAAUACAAGAUUGGCUUCCAAUCUUUGAGCCUUUGAACUCCUGUCCCUGCUCCAGCAGCAGCAGUCUCUCUGAUUUGAUGCUCAUCCCUUAAUGUUACCAUGACGGUUUCUCUGAGACAAAGGUUGAACAUUUCCUGUACUUCCUUAUGAUUAAUUCAGCACAAGUAAGAUAAAUUGAGCUCUCAGCAGUUCAUGAGACUGGACCUUCAAUGUUACAGUCCAAAUGAAUGCAGUUUUCAGCCUAUGUUUGCACAUAUUGAAUGCUAUCUGAUGGCAAGAGCUAUUGCCCAUAAAGUUGUCGGUGACAUCAAUGACCUUGUAUAGCACAGUACAUCAUGAAUCUCAGAGAUUUGAACACUAAAUUCUCAAGAGCCUUUUAAAAUCAAAUACUAUCAAGAAAGAAAUGUCUAUAUUAAUUUGAUGUCAGCAGACCUCUCACAGUUCUAUCUUUACUGCCAACUGACCUGCUCUAUUUAUAAGGUGGCAGUCAGAAUACCAUCUGCUAUCUAAAUAGAGAGACAGAGCCUCAGCUCUGUAGAUUGUCAGACUUGCAUUGCAAUCAAGGAACUAAGGCAGUUUCUGGGAUCUAUUUCAGCCUGUGUAAUGCUGAAUUGAUUUCCUGCUGCAAUCAUCAAUGAAAGCAGUAUUUCACUUGCAUAGGAUUUUAAAUUGAAAAAUGUGUCUCCAUUAAGGAAAUGCAAAGUCUGUUGAGCCUCUCAGGAAAGUUUAUGUUAAGAAGCAGCGCAAGCUACCCUAUAUUUAUUCCUGAUAUUAGCUUCCUAUCAAAAAAUCACCUCACCUUUUCUUCCUCCUGGUGACAUAAUUCUUCCUGAAAUUCUGUAUGUCAGAGAGUCUGUAAGGAACACAGCCUCAAUAAAUCAGAAGAGAAGCUCAGAAGUCCUGAUGUUAAGUAAUUUCCUUAGAAACUUUACCUAGACUUUCUUGCUCUUAUCUCAAAAGAUUAAGUUACCAAUUUAAUUCUCAUUGACUAUGCUUUGUGUUGUAGCAAUGCAUGGAAAUAGCUGGAGGAAGUAUUUAAUUUUUUUGUGAACAUGCUAUAUUAUGUGAGGAUAAGGAAAGACUGUGACCAUUUUCUGUGAGACUACUGAAUCUUGCUGGUGAUUUUUCAGAAAGGGUUUGGAAAACAUCUGUCAUGCGUGGAUACAGCUGCUUUUCCCUGGGCAGGAGGAGGGCUAACUAAUCUCACAGGGUCUCUUUCCUUCAAAACUGGUGGUGUCUUCUCUGUCCUUCCAUGAUUUGUGACUGAAACCAGUUAUUUGGGUAAAAUAUGGUUUUCAUGAGAAGAUAGACAUUUUUAUGUGCUGCUAUGUCCACUGCUAUACAACAUCCCUAUGACUUUACCCCAAACAACUGCCAGUACUGUCUGCUGCAGUGGAAAGUGCUGCAUAUUUCAACAGGAAUGACUGCAAAAUAUCCUGGCUACUGGGAAAGUUUUUCCACUCAACAACUGGGAUAGUUUUUCCACACAAACUCCCACUGAUUCUGAGUACAGACACUGACUUGCAGUGUAAAGCACAAGCUUGGGCUAUGGAUACUCCCUACCUGUAAAGUCCUUGCUCCUGAGUGUGUUUUGCAGGAGUGGCUUAAAUAGGUUACUGAUGUGCAAUAGAAACCCCAAAGACUUCCUUUAUCAUUCUCAAUCUGUUGGCACACUUUUCAGUUUUGUUAAUCAUCUCUUAUGAGAGAUCUAGUGCAGCCUCAGAAAGGCCAGUGAUGAGGACUUCACAGAUCUCGACAUAAUCAGAUUUUGACUUCAAGCCAUCAUUCAUUACUCAGUGUAUGUCUGUGAUUGCUCAAGAUCCAAAGCAAACCAAAAUUAAAUGGGCCUUUUAUCAACCCUGUCUUUAAAAUAAGCAAGCUUCUUGUCAGCAUUCUUCCUACCACUAGAUGUGUUGUUCUGUCUCCAAAGUUCUUUGAAAUCCAUUUCUUUUAAUUGCUACUGUAUUUUUUUCUCACACCACUGAGCCCUUAUUCAUAAGCAUGUCUCUCCUGAUCAACUUUCUCCUGAAUUCACAUAUUUCUUCUCUGCCACUAAGAAAAUAGUUUUUAGUUUCCUUAGACUGAGAAAUCAAAGUCUUCAACAGAGGCAUCUUAGUGAGGACCAGCCUUGUUGCAUGCGGUAUUUCCCUGGUCCACCAGGCUGCUGUGCUAGGGUUCCCCACCUCCAAACCUCGCUAUAAAGAAGGGUGUACUCCUGAGGCACGUGUAGUGCUCAGAGACUUCUCAGCUGGUGCAUCCUUGUGGGAGCAGGACUGCACUUGUCACCAUGUUUGGGCAGUGCUGGAGCAAGUAAUUUUGCCAUACUGGGUGCUGUCUGGUCCAUCUUCAGGCACGGCACCUCCUCUUGCUGGCUGGCUGCACGUAACCAUUUUGCUCUUAGUCUGAUCACAGCAGGAGAUGAGCUGCUGUUGU